AUGAGCGAUCAAGUUCAAGACGAGGUACUGAAGGGAGGACAUCCACCAGCUGAGAAAGUGGCCGGAGGAAUGAGAAUCGCCCGCAAAGACCGCACGUUGAGCAGUGGAGACAAUGGGGAAGGAUCGGAAGGUGGCGAGCUGGAUGCUGAAGGCAAGCUACGCAUGAGCAAGGCUGAAUCUCGGCAGGUGAGGGUUUUUAUUGGUUUUGAUGGAUUUAGGUAACAAAAAUUUGAAAAUUGCAUUUUAGAGGUACAGAUGAUGGUGUUUCUGACCGUUUACCUUCUAAUUUGGUCAAAAUUUUACUAUUUUGUUUUAGUAGAUUGAAACUAGGUGAAAAGGCUUAUUUUAUCGAACUUUCAAAGAUUUUUCGGAAUUAUUGCUCAUAUUUUUUAAAUGUUUUCUCAAUAUUGUCAUUCCAGAUCCAACGCGACUUCCCAACCGACGGUAUCAAGGCCAUGCACGAGAAGCCGCAUGCCACCCGUCAACCCGAUGGGCCUCGCAAACCCCAUGCCACUCAGGUCUUUCAACCCCGCAAGCAAUAG